GUCCAGCGGCUUUGUUUCAUUUCCCCACAUUUGUGCACUUUCACAGAUAUUAAACAGUUAAUAAACCACCAUUAUUACACAUUUAAACCUGAAGAAACACUAAAUAGACAAAAUAAAACAAAUCACACAACUUCACUCCUCGCGUUUCCGGCAAAAAGUCCUAGUAUAGAAGUAUAGUUAAAAAAGCAUAGAUUAGACGUGAAUUCACAAGUUUACAAAUAGUAUCGCUAAGUAGUCUAUGUUUUAAACAGUAACAAAGUAAUUCGAUCAUUUUUCAAUUAUUAUAAAUCGCAUAAAUUAAUGAUGUGCUUUAUAUUUUCAUCAUAAUUAAAUAUUGUCGAAUUUAAAUCACUUUGCAGACAUCAGUAUAAACUUAAUUAAAAUUUUUGAUAUUAAAAUAAGUGUCGCUGUAUUGUUUUUAAAAAUCUGAUGUGGCCCAAUAAUGUCGAGCCGAGGCAUUUCUUUAAUCUAGUUAUCUCAUUCGUUUUCAUUCAUAUUUCGUGAAGUUUGAACUGUAUUAUUUGGAUACAAUGGCGUAUCAAACCCUUCUCCAAGAGUAUAUGCUAAUACCACCAGUCACCAGGGCUUACACCACAGCUUGUGUUGUCACAACUUUGGCUGUUCAACUUGAUUUAGUAUCACCUUUUCAACUAUACUUCAAUCCAAAUUUGAUACUGAGAAAAUAUCAACUAUGGAGACUGUUAACAACAUUCCUGUUCUUUGGAAACCUUGGGUUUAAUUUCUUUUUCAAUGUGAUAUUCACAUAUAGAUAUUGCAGAAUGCUUGAAGAAGGCUCUUUCAGAUCGAGAACAGCAGAUUUUGUUGUCAUGUUCAUAUUUGGAGGCUUAUUAAUGAUUAUAUGUGCUUUCUUUGUUAAUCUAUUGUUUUUAGGGCAAGCGUUUACAAUCAUGAUUGUGUAUGUAUGGUCACGCAGGAAUGUUUUCGUGAGAAUGAACUUCUUUGGAUUAAUGAACUUCCAGGCACCUUACCUCCCCUGGGUUCUGCUUGGUUUCUCAGUUCUGCUCGGCAAUGCAAUUUCAGUUGAUCUAGUUGGAAUGGCAAUCGGUCACAUUUACUUUUUCUUGGAGGAUGUUCUACCGAGACAAAGGAAUGGAGAAAGACUCUUGAAAACACCCAAUUUUUUGAAAAAACUCUUUGAUCCACGGCCAGAGGAACCUGAAUAUGUUCAUCUUCCAGAAUUGGAUAAUGUACGCCCAGGAGGCUACGAGUGGCGCCAUCCAUAUCCCCGAGAGGAACAGAAUGGUCAAGUGCAAUAAGACAAUUUUACAAACAAUGAAUAUAAUGCAAUAUUGAACCAAAACAUUAAUCAAAAAUAUUCAUUUUACUAUAUUAAUAUUCUAUGAAAUAUUAUGUACAUUGUACUCGCUAAGGAUUAAAACUAACUAAAGUUGUUUUUAUUGAGUUUGUUAUUUAAGAAAAAUUCAAAUGAUUGUUACAUUUUGGUUGGAACAUAUUCCGUUGUUAUAUUAUCUGGAUGAAUCGAUAAAAUGUAUUUGUGUGUAUAGUUUGGAUAUUGAUAAGGGAUAUUAAUAUAUACUUUUUAAGUAAA